CAAGUUUGGGAACCCAGACAAGUUUUAAGAGCCACCCCGGCUCUGAAAUCAAUCCUAGUUCUGAAAGUCAGGCCAGCUUUAUGACCCAGCCCUGCCUUAAAACUCGACCCAACUCUGGAACGCAAGACAGCUCCAUGACCCAGUUGUACCUGGACACCUGGUCCAGCUCAGAAACGCCAGUUAGUUCUGGAACCCAGGUGAGACUCAAGAAGCAGCCCAGUUACAGAAGCCAUGUCAGCUCAGGAUUCAAAGACAGUUCCGAAACGCAACCCUAUUCUCAUGCCCAGACCAGCUCAGGAGCCCAGAUGCACGCUGCAGGGCAGUCCAGGCCCAGACCCCACCCCGAUACUAGGGCCCAGCCCAGCUCCAAUGAUGAAUCCAGCUCAGAGACUGAGCCCAGCUCUAUACCCCAGACUAGUGCAACAAGCAGGCCUGUCUCCAGAAUUCAGACAAGCUCUGGACCCCCAUCCAUCUCUGGGGCAAGGCCCGCCUCCAGAGCUCCACUUGAUGCCAAGACCCGCCCUCACUGCAGAACACAGAGCGGCUCUAGAACGUCAUCCAGCUCUGGGACCCAGACAGACUUCAAGGCUUGGCCAAUUUCCAGAGUUCAGUCCAGCUCAGGCACCCCACCCAGCUCCAGAACUCAGCUCAGUUCUAGAGCACAGGCUGGCUCUGAAAUCCCAUCCAGCUCUAAAACACAGUCAAUUGCUGAGACCUACUUGAGUUCCAGAGUCCAGCUAAAGUCUGGGCCUGGGACCCAGACCAAUGCAGCAACAGACUUAAGCUCCACAGCUCUUUCAAGCUCUGAGAGCAGGCCCAGCUCCAGGACCCAGACCUGCCUGGGAACUCAAAACACCUCUGGGACCCAGCUCAUCUCAGAAACCCUGCCAAGCUCUAGAAACCAACUCCAGACCACACCCCCAGGCAACUCUGGUAUUGAGCCGGACUUUGGGAGACAGACCAGCUCUGGAACUCAGCUCAUCUCUACAGCCCAGCCCAGCUCUGGGACCCAGACCAGUUCAAGAAUACAGCCCAGUUCUGGAACCCAACCCAGCUCCGGAACGCAGACCAGCUCUGGAACCCAGCUCAACUCUGAGACCCAGCCCAGUGCAAUAAUGCAGCCCCUCUCUGGAGUCCACCUCAUUUCUGGAACCGAAACCAGCUCCAGAACGCAGACCAGUUCUGGAACCCAGCUCAACUCUGAGACCCAGCCCAGCUCUGGGACCCAGACCAGUGCAAGAAUUCAGCCCAGCUCUGGAGCCCAGCUCAGCUCCAGAACCCAGUUCAGCUCUAGAACUCAGUUCAGAUCUGAGACUCACCACAGCUCUGAAACCCAGACCAGUUCAAGAACCCAGCCCAGCUCUGGAAUCCACCUUAGUUCCAGAACCGAAUCUCUUUCUGAAACCCAAUCCAGCUCCAGAAGCCAGACCAGCUCAAGAAUACAUCUCAGCUCUAGAAAUGGGCUCCGCCCACCAACCCCUGGCCUUGACCACAGAACCCAGGCUGAUCCCACUCCCCCAGCCCGACCUCAACACCCAGGCCCACCACUCAGAGCCCCACCUACAGGUCCUAGGAGGGUCUCUCACCCUCAGUCCCAUGAUCGGGUUCAAGGAGCCCAGGCCGAUACUGGCCCAGGCCGAAGCCCAUCCACUUCUGCCCUGUUCCCACGGCCGUGGUCCCCCUCCGUCCCGCAGAAACCAGCCCUUCCCCCCAAGCCCCAGCUGAGACCCCAGAAGUCCACCCCACCCACCAAAUCUGUCAUCCCUAGUUCUGCCACCAGGGCGGCCCUCCUGCAUUCCCAGCCCCCUGAACCCUCAGCUCAGGGGCCUGCCCCCUCCCCCGAGCUCAGGGAGCCAGGGCCAGCUCCGCCGGCGUCAGAGCCCCUCCCCUACCAUGGGGGGCUAUAGCUUGGGGGUGACAUACUUGUGGCCCCCCUCCCCUCUCCUGCCCCUCCCAGCCUGGGUCCCCCAGAAGCAGCAGGUGACCUCAUUCCCCCACAGGCGGGGUGUGGGGGGGGUGAGGGAGGGUGGACACAGGGGCUUUGGUUUCACCCGGGCCUGACUCUGGGAGCUGUAAGCAGA